GCGUUCUCGUGUUAUUGCGUAUAUAAAGUCUUAACGGGAUGAGGCCAUAGAGUAAGAGCUAAAACAGAUAUUUCAUGAGGAAAAUGAAGAGUGAGUUUUUUACAUUGAUGGCAAUAAUGUCUCUACUCCUAGCCUUCUCGUUAGUCCAUGGAGGAGGAGAGCCUGGAACACCUUCUAAUGCAGCCGUUACCCCAAGUAGUCCAACCGGAGGAUCCAGCGGUUCAAGCGGUUCGGCUCAUGGACCUAAUUGGGGAUAUAGUUGGGGAUGGGGCUCAUCCCCAGGAGGUGGUUAUGGCUAUGGUUCUGGUUCGGGUUCGUCACCAGAUGGAGGAGGAAAAGGGUCUGGAUUCGGGUUUGGUUCGGGUUCAGGUUCAGGAACUGGAUUUGGGUCUGGCUCGGGAGGAGGAGGAGCCACAGACGGUGGUUCUGGCCAUGGAAGUGGGACCGGACACGCUGGUGAAGGCGGUGGCUCAGGCAGUGGAAAUGGUGGAGGAUCUCCAGAUCGUAGAGAGAGGAGCCAACACCGCUAAAAGAAAGCUUUCUUGUUAUUAUUACUACCUUAACACAACCAUACAUGCAUAAGAGGAUAAGACUCAAAGAAGAAAAAAAAAUACCAUAGUAGCAGCUUAAUUAAAUAAUGCAUAAAUAUGGACCAAAGGAAUAAUAAGUAGUUGGGCUUUAAUUACCGAUGUACUUUGUAUCAUAACUAAACGUCUAAACCUAUUAUAAUAUUGUGUUCUUGCGCCAAA